AUGAAGAUUGCCUUUUAUGGUCUCUUAGUACUCAAUACGAAGUUACCUCUGAUUUCAAUUGUUUGUGCUAAUUCAAAAGUAAGCGAGAGGCUUGUUUAUAGAAAUCUUGAUGUUUUAGGGGUGUUUGUCCAUUUCCCUACAAUUUUUUUUAUUUGCCUCACUACAUCAAUAUCUGCUCUUCUUUAUAGUUACAUGAAUUUCUUUGAAUCGUCACAUUGCCUGAUUAUAACAGCAAAUAUAUUGUGGCGAAUGAGUCACGGAGUCCAUGGAUUCGUUUAUGUGCUAAUAAAUCGCCUAAUUCGUAGAGGAGUGUGGUCGAUGUUGACAUGUGCAAAAGUUGAUCAAUCUCAAGGCAAUUACGAUGGAAAUGAAGCCAUCGUAAUUACCUUGCUAAAGAAAGACAAAUGUAGCCUGCUUUAUCGGUGUCAUCAAAUAUUACUUAGUUGUUUUGCUGACGUAAAUUCGGUGAAAUGCCAUUCUGAUGCGGGACUUGGAAGUUCAUCAGGAUUAAAAGAAAAAAAAGAUUAA